CACAUGACGAUGUUGUGGGUAUAUUACUCCAAAUGUGUGAGCUUGUUCUCGUCCACAGAGCUGCUGACUGUCUCUGCAGCACUGACACACACAGAGAGAGAGAGAGUGUGUGACAGUGUGUGAGAGUGUGUGUGUGUGUGUGUUUCAUUUAAUGCAGCUUUGAAUGUGACAGCUGACACACUGAACGUCUGGAGUUACAGCGCAGAGACACAGAAACCUUUUCGUGGGGGAAUUAUGAGAAACGUGGAGCUGUGAUCUUUUUAUUCCCAGUUGACAGCUGAUGAGUCAGGAGGAGAUGGAGAACAAGGCCAUGUAUCUGAGUACGUAUGAAGAGAGAGAGAGCGGCUCCAUGUACGAAGAGGCCUACGAUGGACGCAACUUGUCCAAACUCAACCUGUGUGACGAAGGUUCUGGUAAACGUCGCAGGAAGCAGGAUCAUUGCUGCGGUCACCUGAACUCGCUCUCAGCCAUCAAGUACGCCAUCGUCUCCCUCUACAUCCUGGUUCUUCUCACCAUCUUCGGACUCUGCCUGGCAGUCUCUCGUUCCCAGGUUUCUUCACAGCGCCAGGAGGUGCUCAUGGAGAACGUGACCCGGAUGUCGGAGCGCUCUCGGCUGCUCCAGCAGACCCUCGGUGAGUCGUCCGCUCAGGCCGACCUGCUGGAGAACAUCUGGAAACUGGAGAACCUCUUCCAGAACCACAGCGACUGGCUGCAGAGGCUGGAGAUCCUCAUCAAGGGGCUGGAGGUGGAGCUGAGGAGCAUCCAGGCUCACUCCCUUCAGUCGGAGGGUUACCUGGUGCAGCUGGACGACAGGUUGUCCUCUCUAAGCAGCUCCGCCGGCAGGAACGUAACGGGUUUGACCGCGGAGGUGUCCCGAGCCUCCAUCUGGCUCCGCGAGCAGGAUGUCCUGCUCAGGGAAACCUCAGGACAGAUGAGCCGGCUGAGAGAGAAAGUGGACGAGAUUAACUGGACGGUUGGAGCUGUCAAUCACACCUUCAGCAAUGACAUCAGUAUUCACCACCUGAAGAUACAAGACUUGCAGAUCCAGAUCAGCAACAUAACGGAGGACACCAGCACUUUAUGGGUGACCCACAUCCACACUGAGGCUCAGCUGAGGAACGAGAUGGAGAUCCUCAACACAAUCACAGAGGACCUCCGCCUGAAGGACUGGGAACACUCAACUGCCCUGAAGAACUUCACCGUAAUAGAAGGUCCUCCGGGGCCAAAGGGAGAGAAGGGUGAUACUGGACCGCUGGGGUCCCCUGGAGCUCCUGGGUUGACAGGCUUGAGAGGAUUUACAGGAGAAAAAGGCAUGCAGGGCCCCCGGGGAAUGAAAGGGCCCAGUGGGGUCGACGGUGUUCAGGGUGAAAAAGGAGAAGUCGGACCUACUGGUCCCAGAGGUGACAGAGGAGAAAGAGGGCUGAAGGGGGAGAAAGGCGAUCGAGGAGACCGAGGAGAGAAAACAGUGGAGGAGACCAUGGUGCGGCUGGUGAACGGGUCCGGUCCUCACGAAGGUCGCGUGGAGGUUUUCCACGAGCGCCGCUGGGGGACCGUGUGCGACGACGUCUGGGAUAAAAAGGACGGAGACGUGGUGUGUCGGAUGCUGGGAUACCGAGGAGCCAGCGAGGUCCAUAAGACUGGACGCUUCGGACAGGGUACCGGUCUGAUCUGGAUGGAUGAUGUGGCUUGUACCGGGGCAGAAGACACCAUCCACCAGUGUAAGUUUCCUGGCUGGGGCAAAACCAACUGUGGCCACGUGGAGGACGCCGGUGUGACCUGCAUCACCUAAAUAAACCUUUUCAUGAUCCUGACACUGCUGCAGCGGCCGAGCAUCUCCUUAAAGAGUGCCUUAAACCUUCAAGAAGCUACGAGGUGCACAACGUCCCACCACUGCCUGGGGUUUCACUUCGCACUGUCGUUUUUUGCCACCUCACCUGACAAACAUCCAUGUUGUGCAUGAAGUAAAUCUUUUUUAAGAAGAUCAUGAUUAAACAUUUAGCUACAAGACUGAAUCAUGAGAGCAAAGAAAAUGCAGACAUUGUUUAACUUUGGGCACCUGUUACGAGCUGGUACACGGGGAUGAACGCACAGCAGGACUCAAGUCUUCACUGAGGGCCGGAGGUCAGCUUUCAGACCAUCAGAGGCUCGUCAGGUUUGCUGUUUUUACCUCCGGAGUUGGGAGGAAGUUAAUCCGACAAUUCACCAUCACAGAGCCUUCCAUUUGUCUGCUGGUGUCUGCAAGUCGCUGAGGAGCUGAAACAAAACUGACGAGACUGUUAUUGACAAACUGAUCUUUCAUUUACAGGCAGCUGCUCUUCACAGUAUUAUACAGGAACGGCUUUUGAGUGAUAGUACACAUCCACGGCGAUGCCUUAUUAUAUAUCAUUGUAUAGUAUUACCCAGUGAGUAAUCAUUUGAUGGUUUGCAGGUCAAAAAGCAGUUUGAGUUGAGUUAAAACUGGACAAAAUUUGGGCUAAAAGUUUCACAUUUUUUGAUUUUUUUUUACUUUUAAAGGUUCCCUGUAGGAUUUUUCAUAUUUAGUUUUACUCACCAAAACUAACAAACAUGCUAAGUACUUUUCCAGCCUCUUAAAACAUCUGCAAAGCAAAAUAUUGCAAAUAUUUAAAAAAUAUUUCAAAGCAUGCAUUGUUUACUGUACCUCCAUGUUUGCUCCCGGAUGGAUUUUGACGUUUUAUUCUCGUUGGAACUAUCCGACUAAUUCAAAAGGGGUCAACUAAGACUCAUCAACCAACAGUUUAGUCAACUAAUAGAGGACGACCCUUCUAGCCAGCAGUCUUCUGCAGGACUGUAUCCAUCACCUUUUCUGUGUGCGUCCUCAUGCAAAUAAAUGAGUGGUUGCACAAAGGGUACCUUCAAAUUAAAAUUAAUUAUUAUAUAUAUUUUACCCAAAAAGUUAUUACCUACAGUAAAUCUGUAGUUCUACAGAGUUCAUUGUUAAAACAUAACCUGUAUGUUAGUUUUAAUACUGAAGCCUCUAUGUGACCUCCAUAAACAAACAGACAGACAGCGAGAAGAUUGGUUAUUUACGUAUUCUUAAUGCCUGUCACCAGGUUGGAUUCCUGCAACCCAAAUGAAAAUGAUGCGGUCGAUGUGGUGAAGUUAGUGACAAGCUGGUGAAUCAAAGCAAUGUUAUGUAAGAUUUGGUCUUCCUAACAGGCGCCGCUCUCUUUCCCGGGCCUGAAAACAUCCUCCUCCCCUCUCGAUCCAAAGCUCCAACACUCCCCCAGUGCUCUGAGCACCCGGCCCCGCACGCUCAGGGCAGUAUGGCUAAGCUAACUAGCAUUAACAUCAACAUUUGGCAGCAAUUACUUUACUGUCCAUCAGCAAACUCUGUAAAUCACACGAGUUGAGCAGCUGGAGGACAUCAGAGGGAAAACCAGAAAACAUUUCCUCCAUAAAAUACGAUCCAGUUUCACCAAAAUCAGUGACGUAGCUGUUGGUAACAUUUUGCAAGAACAGUUGGACAGAGGCAACAUUCACCCCGUCGCAACUCGCAUCAAUAAUGAUUGAGAAGCUGUUAUUUCCAAGUAGAAACAUUACCUAAUGUUGCUUUAAGUGGAACAUUCAGCAGCUAAAGCAGCAGAGAUCAAAACAGAGCUAAAAGGAGAUCAUUGGACUUCCAUCGAGUGCACGUGAAUGCUAACGUUGUUCUGUGUCUGCUGGCCACAACUGUAUGAGGACAUUUUAGGGUUGUAUCUUCUAUCGGGUGAGAAAAAAAAAUCAAUUAUCGCAGCUUUUCAGCUCAACAUCUAGACGUUCUUUAACCUGCAAAUCACCAAAUCAGUGUUUACCGUGUGCUUUAUGUUUCUAAAAACAUUUAGUGAAAGGGUUAACAGUCACUGCAGCUGACAGAUGAAGUGAUUACGACGAAGAGAGAACAGAUGAGUAUAAACAGAUGGAUGCGUGGACGCCUGCCCUGUACGAUUUACAGCGGUGGGUCUGUCAGUGCUCAUUGCCAAAAGUUGGGUUGUUUCAGCAUCAACGCACAUGUGCACCACACACACACACACACACACACACACUAAACCAACCAUAACAGACAAGCUUUUUCUUGUGAGUUUUAUGCCUCUCUGUGCGAGGUUUAAUCUUUACGGCUGCCCUCGAAUCCAAAAAGGCUGGUACCUCCCAAGUGUCCCUGCUCACCUCCCUGCCGGAGCCAACAGGACACAUCCAGGUUGGAAUAAAAUAUCUGCAGGAACCUGUGUCUUUACCCUGUAAAGUUUUAUAUUUGAAAAGGGAAAACAAGUUUUUAGUGCACCUUAAAAUUCGGCUUUAAAAACCUCACAUUUCUGUCCUCGAAGGAGCUGUGGUUGAAUUCCCUCUGAUCAUAUAUUCUGUAGUUAAAGUUGUCUCUCGUAGGGUAAACCGAUGGUCUGGCCCACUUUCUUUUUAUGAAAAUGAUUCUGCACACGUGAUGUGCUUUUAAGAGUUUGUGUCCAUUUGAGAGAGAGAAAGAAAAAAAAAUUUGGAUACGAAUUUGACUUUUUUAAGGAAGUGCAGCCAGAAAGGACUUUUUCUACCUCGUGUUCAAGUGCCUUAGUGUUUGUGGAGGGUUUUAAACCUCGACUCUGCCACAGAGGAAGACAAAUGAAAGCAGGAAUAGAGGGAAAAGGGAAAAUGAGGUGAGAAACCAGACUCAAUAGACUGAUGUGUAUCAAAAGAAAACAGGGAAUUGUGGGUUUGACUGAUAACUCACUCGAUAGUUUUCACCACUGCCGAAUAACAACAAGCUCAAUUUAGUACAUUACAGACAUUAUCAGACCCUUUAUAAUGAACUGACAUUCAUUUUCUUUAAUUCACUUUGUUCACAGGGUUUGUUUCUGGUUUUAUAAAAGUAAUAAUACUCCUACACGUUUCUUACUGUGACUAUUAGGACCAACAGUGUGUGUACUGUAUUAUUACUGUACUGUCCCCGACUAAAGAUUUUCCUAGUAGUUAUUUAGUUGUUCAGUCUUGGAUUCAUCUUAAUUUACUUAUUUAAAUCUCUAUCUGUGAACAGCGGCCUGUCAAACACUAACAGAAGCAGCAGUAAUGAUUGUGACUGUGUCAGAACAACCAGCAAGGAUUCAACACAGUGUUACAGUCUAAAUUAAUUAAUAACCAGAGUCAGAGUCCUGGUCGGAGCCGCUGUAGACCACCCGACCUCCGACCGUUCCGGUCCCCGGCUCACCCGACUCUGGCACUGGUGCUCAUUCUGACUCCCUUCCUCUCUUUCCUGCAGUCCAAAGCUCCCCCUUUACCUCGGGCUCGCAGUCAGAUAAUAUGGCCGUAGCACAGUUAACAACACAGUUAACAGCAUACGCAACAGUGCACCGAUAAGCGACGCCCUGUGUUACGGGAUAAAAGGUCCGUGUUGUGAUACUUUAGUCCCGUCGACGAGGCGCAGCUCCUGAACAGAGUUUAAAGUUGUUUUUGUUUUUCUGCGACUAUCCGACUAAUGAAAAGUGCGUCGAUCUAAUUAUUAUAAUACAUAUUAGAACUGAAACCAAUGAAUCAUUGCCUUCAGCUUCUGAAAUGUGGGUAUUUGCUUUUGAUUUUCUAUCAUUUUAAACUGAAUAUCUGUUUUAGACUAUUAAAAUAUUUAAAGAUUUCAGCAUAUUUCACUAUUUUUACAUAUUUUAUGAACCAAAAUGAUUAAACUGUUAAUCCUAAAGGGGAGCAGGUCAGACUUUACAUAAAGAUUCAUAUAGCUUAAAUACAGCAGAAAUAAGUGAUAAAAUAAAAGUACAGUAACACAUUAAAACAAGAGUUUACUGAUAAACGUUCAUCUGACUCCACCUGAGAGGAUUUCUGGGCAGUCCGGUCCUUCAAAUGUAAAAAUUAAAAACAGAUCUCUCACUGAAAACUCACGGCUGCCAAAGUACAGAGUUACCUGUACGACACCGGCAUCCAAAUAUCAUUCAACCAUGUUUAACUCAUUUGUCUUCAGGUGAACACACACACACACACACACACACACACACACACACACACACACUUUAUAUACAGCAUUAGCAACCUGAUAUACGCUGCAGUUACACUCAGAUAUCCAGUUUCUUUUUUCUCUGUACUUAAAAGGAGUGGAUGGAACAAAUUAGACAUUUACAAGGUUUUAAAGUUGUAUCCUUUCCAACUAAUGUGUGCUUGAUUGAGUGUAAUCCUACACACACACACACACACACACACACACACACACACACACACACUCGUACAAUAUCUGCUCUGUUUUUAUGUGCAGCACCAAAGCAACUGACAGUACGACUGAGUGGCAGCCAGACCUCUGUGUGUCUGGUCCUGGUGUCUUUCAUUCAGCACCAGGCUGCUAGAUGUCCCUUAUGUCUCCCACCAAGCAGCUAUAGCGGUCUUAUAGAGCAGUGGUUCCCAACCUGGGGGUCGGGGCCUCCACUAGGGGUCGCCAAAGCUUCACAGCGGAGCACGAAACCUUCUUGAUUUUAAGGGGAGUAAGAAACAUUUAAAAAUACACACAGUAGGUCAAUAUCUCAGCAUCAUUUCUGUGAAUAAAACUAAAGGAAAUUGUUAUUUUCAAAGUUGAUUUAAGAUCUAAAACAGAUAUAUUCACAGAUCCUAUGAUAAACAGCCUCGUCCUGCUUGGGACAAUGGCAGCGUCAGGGAGAAAGAUAAGCCUAUUAAAUCUGUAUGAUUGUUAGAAAUAACUAAAAUACAUGUUGACCGAAUUAGAUCAACAGAUGUGUUUAUAAAAGCUAAAAAAGGUUAUAUUAAUGUAAUAUUUCUCCCUGGCGCUGCCAAAGGGUGGAAUCAGUCACAUAUGAGAACCUUAUGGGCUCAAUUCAACCAGUUAAAAUAUUCGACCCCGCUGUCUCGUCCAGUUGUUCUUCCUCUCGCAGCUGAAUCCGACUGAUGUCGGAGCCUAUCGGAUAUCAGAAGGAUAAAACUGUUGUGAUGUGAUUUUCCUGAUUGGUUAGAGGCUCCUCUGACCUCGGAUCAAUGCUUCGGCCUCACAGGGUCAAAUAACUCAAAUGCCUUUAAAAAUAUAAAGCAGCCUUUUGAAAAGCGAGAACACAUUGCGAACCGAGUGCACUUAACCAAUUAAAUGUGUAUUUUUCUUUGUGUGUUUUAAUGGUUGUACAAAGACCUUACUAUGCUACUUUUGGCAUAUUCGCUCUGAGCACAUUUGAGUAUACAUGUUUUUAUAUUACAUUGUGCUGGUCAUAACACAUAUAAGGGCUAUGGAGUUAACAUACAUGCAUACGAAAAUAAGAAAAUACUUGAUAAAAUACACUUUUUUUACUUAAUGUUCAGUUGAUUUGUACCACUAAAAUGCUGUAUAUGCACUGCUGAAGUAAUAAAAUGUAGAUUUGUUUAAA